AGCGCGACCCUUUUAAAAGUUUCUCUUCCUGGUCUGGAGUCAGUUUCGCUUUUCUUUCUACCUCUGAGUUUGUGUGAAGGAAAGAGAGUCAGAGCUGAACACCGACUUAGAAACAGACAACAAGAACUUAUAUCUUCACUAAGCUUGACUUUUACGUCUUUUUACGCUUUCAAAACAGCCCGUCAAAACUCACGUCGUCAAGAGGAAGCUUGUUGAAUGCGGAACGGACUAAACAAAACCUGACGAAGGUUGGAUCAUAUGACUACAUUUCCCUGCUAUUAUUUUGUGUUUUUAAAUAUUUAUUUUCUAUUCAAAGUGAUUUUUUUCCUCUUGGCUGUGGUUUCAGGUGUAUAUUGAUGGCUUCUGAAGUUAGACCUCGAGUUGAACUCAAAGAAGGUAAGUAGGCUGAAUAAGUUUCGGUUUUAUUAUAGUCAAACAAAAACUACUGUAUUUCAUGUAAAGCAGUGGUUCUCAACUGGUGGGUCCUGAUGCAAAAGGGGGUCGCGGACACGUUCUGGAUGGGUCGCGAACAGCUGGUCAAAAAAGUAAAUGUUUAGCGUCUGAUGUUUGACUUUUAUUUUGAAAAAUAGCUUAUUUUGAAAGGCACGCGUUAUGUCGUGGUCCUCCUCGGUCUUUAUUUUGUGCAAUUUGAUAUGUAUUUACUUUUAUCCAUGCAGAGAUGCAUAUAAGUAAAUAUUUUUCAUUUUGCCCGUCUCCAUUUUGUGCAAUUUAUUUGUUAUUUUCUGUACACGCAACUUCAGUAGUUGUCGUUCUUAGUUCAUGUGCUCUGAAAUGCACUUUAUUCAGCAGUGAUAAUAAUUUAUGUUAACGAUUUGAGUCUUCGAAGGUUAUUGUUUAUAAAAAAAAUAAAUUUUUAAAAAUUGCUUGGUUUGAAUUUUAUAAAAGUGGGUCAUGACUUAAGGACCAUCGGAAAUAUGUGAGAAUUUCCCAGUUUGGGAUCAAUAAAGUACAUCUAUCUAUCUAUCUAUCUAAAAUGUGGGUCCCAUUGUGAGACCAGUUGAGAACCACUGAUGUAAAAUAAGUCAGUAUUUGCCCUGUGAAUUGAAACUUAAGAUUUUCAUUUUACUAUGACAGUGAGUAUUUUAAAAAGUCAUAAACUUUUCCAGAGGAGUAAUGACAUAACACUAAAGCAGUGUCAUGUAACAGUUACAGCCCUGACUAAAGUACAGCAGAGGUAAAGAGUGUACUUAACUCUUCUUCUUCUCUUGGUGUCUGUGCAGCGGAGGAGCUGGCCUGCUCUCUGAGUGAAGCCCUGAGCUCUGGAGAUGGACAAGAAGCCGUCAAACUGUGUGAGAAACUGUCCAAACUCUCUGUCCCGGUGACUGUCAGCAUCAACAGCCAAGCAUUCCCUCAAGAUGUCAUCAGGUGGGGGACGCAUGUUUGUGUACAUGUGUAGCGCUAUUGUUUUGGUCCAAAACAGAAACCCAUGAGUCUUUCUGCUUUGGUUUGAAUUGUGAUUGUGUAAUAGAUGAGAAUGAAGAAGUAUGGCGACAAUGAAAGUUCAUCCAUGCAUGUGCUUUGGCUAAACGUCUCUGUUUGUGGAGGCGUCCUUGAAAAGAAAAUAAGUGUGUGUUAGGGACUAGAUAAAGUGGUGACUGUUCAACUUAAGAGGCAAAAAAAAGCAUCUGAAUUUUUUUUAUUUUCUUCGGCAGGUUGUUGGUUGGAGUGGAGGACGCCUUGUCAGAAAACUACAUCCAAGUGACUGUCGAGGUCACGCUUGGCAUGAGGAUUGCACAACUGAAAGAAAAGGUACAUAUAAGUUAACAUGUAAAGCAUGUGAUCUCAAACAUUACACCGAUAUCUGAAGGUGUACCCACGCUUAGCCUUGUUAUUCUGUAUCACGCUGAAGCAUAAUUGCACCCCUCCUUAGUGCUUUAGUCAGGUGAUCUUAAAAUUCCUGAUGAGAUAACCCCGAAUGUUUUUAAUCUUUGGUGAAAUCGGUUGAGUCCGGACUGUCCAUGUGCUGCUACUGUCUUUAGUCAUAUCCUCUAAUAACAGUAAGAAUAACCUGAUUAAAAUGAGGUUCAGUAUAAAAAUAGAUAAUAUUUUCUACAAUGCAAUCAGUAAAUAAGGCAUUUAAAAAAAGUUUUAAUAGUCACUCAAAUGAUCCAUACCUCUGUCAUUUCAGAUCAGCCAAGAUUAUGGGUUCCCCCCGGUGCUGCAGCGUUGGGUGAUCGGGAAGCGUUUGGCUCGGGACCAGGAGACGCUGUUCAGCCACGGUAUCCGUCAGAGUGGAGACAAGGUUUUUCUUUUCAUCCGCUCUGCCCAAGCGGCAAAUCUCACACGGCAGCAAGAGAGGCUGGACCAGGAGCAACUGCGCUUUGAAGGUCGGCACACGAUCUGAAUGUAAACUCACAACAAGAAAGGCUUAAUUUGGUGAACGCAUUUAUCGAAUGAUCUACUUAUUCUUCAGGGGGAUUCCUGUUAUUCUACAUAACGGCACAGUUUAGGAAUAAUAUUAUUACUGAAAAAGUGGUCAAAAUGCUAUAUCAUAUCUGUUAACAAUGAGGAAAAGUCAACAUAACAGAGAAGAAGUCUAAUCUUCAAUGCAAACAGAUUAUUGCGUUUAAUCAAUACACAUUCUGAGAAUGAAUCCUGGUUGACUGAGCUUUUAUUAAUGAGGAUGAUAAUGGUGUUUUGUCCUCAGGCAUUGUGGAGUCAAUGCACUCAAUGCAACUUUUAGCCAGAGGAGCAGCAGGUGUUGAGAACACGGCUAAGAACCCUCCUCCUCCUCCUCCUAAACCUCCUGCUGUGCUUCCUAAACCUCAGGUCAGGACACAAGAAUGUCUGCAUGUUAUCUGUAUCAUCAAGACUGUACUAAUACCCCAUACAUAUAUAUUUAUAUGUGCUUGCAGCUGGGAUGGGCCUGCGCGAUGUGUACCUAUGUGAACAAACCCAUACGCCCGGGUUGUGAGAUGUGUGGAGGGGAAAGACCGGCGGAUUACGUCGUGCCCAACAUCUACCAGCCUAGUCAGCAGGAGCUUGAGUGGAUACAGCAGGAGAGGCUGGCUACGCUGCAGUACGAACAGGUAACAGGGUUCCCAAAAGGAGUGGGUAUAUAUUUGUUGAUGCAUUGGAAGCAGAAAAAUAGAGAAACAACAGUCAUGGGUGGCAAAGGUUCAAUGAUGUGAGUGGAGAGUAAAGUCUAGCAGAAGGCAGAGGAGCUACUGGCUGCCGCUGAGAGAAUAGUGCAUAAAAGUUUCCUGUAUGUGGAGCUGUGUCACUACAGACUGAUCAGGGUUCCCAUACUGCUCUCUGGCCGGGAAGAACCUAAUGAGUUUAAGACCUCUGAAUUCCCUGGAUCAAAAUCCUAACAUUGUAGAAGAGUACAAACCAACCAGAUGCAGAUCUUCAGAAGUUUAUUGAAGUCUCAUCGGGGCUGUUUUUGUUUGCACAAGUUAUUCAGGUCUUAAUGUUAAAACUGUUUGGUGCACAACAUGAAGUUUUCAGAGCUCUGCAGUGUUGCCUUUGUAUUCUACAGUUUAUAAAACCUUUUAGAUGCAUUUAUAAGGCCUUAUAAAUGUGCUCAUCAUGCAUGAGAAGAAGUGAGCUCAUCUGAAGUGUUAACCAAGAACUCUCAACGUUUAUUGUGGCUCUCACAGAGGCACAUUUCCUGUGAUGUGUGCGGUAAGUGCAGAGCUAAUGGAGCAAUUAUGUACAGCAUAAGUGAAAAGAUUUCAUUAAGGGUACAUGAACAACAGAGCUGAGUCCACACACUGUUUUGAAUCCUAAUGACAGCUGUUUAUGUUUACGCCCGGAGCCUUUUUUGUUUCGCUUUCCAUUUUCUGUCAACACUUCUCAUGAUGACUCAUUUUAAUUCUCAACAAAUCACCCAUGAUGAAGGCUCAGCAGGAGGAACGUGAGAGGAAUUACCUUCACCUGUUGGCAACCGAAGACCUGAACCUCAUCCCCAACAGCACAGAGAUAGAGUGUCCCAUCUGCUUCUCCACCCUGCAGCCAGAAGAGGGCAUCGUGCUCAGAGAGUGCCUCCACACCUUCUGCAGGUCUGACACAGGAAGUCUUUUUCUUGUUAUUUUUUAGCUUUGUCAUGCUGGAAGACAAAAAGAGGUAAAUGAGUGCUUUUAAUGAAGCUGUAUCUUAAAAGUGUGAUUUUUUCCUCUGCGUUUCAGAGACUGUCUUGUAGGAACGAUAGUGAACUGUCAAGAUGCUGAGGUGUCAUGUCCGGACAACUGCGAGAGCAAAUUACUGGACAGAGAGAUUCAAGCGGUGAGUGUGAGACGAGACAGACUUCAGUAAUGGAAUGAAUACAAAUGUAGAUGGUUUUACAAUAUGUCAUUUUAAACACAUUUUCAUUUUGGUAAAGUGGACGAUAAUCGCAGACAAUUCCCGCAAUUAAGAGAACGAAUUGUCUCUAAGCAGUGAAAAGCUGAUGUUUGAUGUCAAAGCUCUUAGGUUAGAUCUUUAAAUUCUCUCAUCGAUUCCUCCCUCCUCUUCAAACAUACCAGUAAGCUGUAAAACCUGUAAGUCUGUGUGGAGUCGAGGUUGAGAAAGGAACAUUUUGAUGUGUCAGAAACUUGAUGGCAGCCUGAGUGUAAGGGCCUGUGUCCACCGGUGGAUUAUUUUUUUCUUUAGCUCUGUAAAUUUCAGAACACUUCUUAGCAGUGCGAACUGUUGCUAGGUAACAAAACUGGGUCUACUGCAUGGUUGAAUCGGUUUUGAAAUAUUCCAAAACUGAGUCUUGACAAUAGGAGGUUCUUAUGGCCUGGAAAAUGUACCUUUUGAAAAACAAGUCAGGUUAGUUUCUCCUCCGUCAUUACUUCUGGCAAAGGUCAUGUCUUUAGUCCCACCCUUUCUUGAUUUUGAUUGGUUGGUGAGAGAGAAGUGACGUUAAUGAGAGUGGCAUCGAUCCAAACGUUGAACCAUAUUCAAUUGAGAGAGUGACCACAAAAGUCAGAGCCGAAGAUGCUGAAGUUCAUUAUUAGAAGAAAAACAAAAAGGUGCUGCUAUCACAGUACAGGUGAAGCUCAAAAAUUACAUUUUUUUUUUCAGCUAUACAACUAAGUCAGUUGUGUUUUAUCUUCGGCUAAAAGAAAAAACAUCAAAUUUUCACUUUUUGAAUCACUUUUUUAAAACCAAUUUUAAAGGAUUUCGGCAUAAAGUAAACUUAGGGUCAAACACACCGUAACACCGAGUUAGACACCCCGUCAAGAGAUGAAUGUUGCUGACUGCUUCCUUCUCUAGUUAUACCAACCUUAGUAACAACCACACGAUAGCAGAGCCAUGCACUCAACCAAAACGCCACUCUAUAGCCACACAUAAUGUUCAGAACAACACCUAACUUCAUCAACAGGACAUAUAGGGUCACAGCCACAGCACUAGCCACCAAACAUCUUUUUAACUUUGACUAAUUUCUUUAGCAAAGAGACUAAACACAACUCACCCACUCUCUUCCAGCAGCCGCUUGUAUGUAGUAAGACCUCGGGCGAGUCCAUGGACUGCAGCUGGGGGGACGCAGCUCAAGAAAUAACAUUUAUGAUCAUUUCUUUAUCAUUUCCUUGAAGUAAUAAUCAUCAUAUUAAUCAUUUUGCACUGCAGAUGCGGUAGUUCUUCUGCCUUAGCGUCUCGGUCUGAUUGCAUUUUCAUGAGGAAAUGAUCAUCAAACUUACCUCUCAUGUAGCCGACCGUUGCAGUGACAUCCUCUUGUCUCGCUUCCUCUGAUCACAGCUGCUCACAGAUGAGGAGCACCAGCGCUUUUUGGAGUUACGCCUGAGCAUCGCAGAAAGCCGCUCUGAGCACAGCUUCCACUGCCAGACCUUCAACUGUCGAGGUUGGUGCAUCUACGAGGACGAAGUCAACGAGUUCCACUGCGAACUCUGCGGCGAAACCAACUGCAUCCUCUGCAGGGUACCUCUCUGUCAUCCACUCUAACAAUCAACUGCUGUCGUUGCUUUCUGAAGCGGAGGGACCAAUUAAAACAAACUUGUGUGUUUGCAGGCCAUCCAUAAGGACAUGAACUGUAAGGACUACCAGGAUGACCUGCGUAUCCGAGCCCAGAACGACGAGGCGGCUCAGCAGACUAAUCAGAUGCUGCAGGUAGGUCUAUGUCAAAACUCUGCGUGAUGACUCAGCACAGGACUGGCCUUUACCGCCGCAGUCUGCUGCACCUUUAAUGGUGUUUGACAACGAACAGCUGUGCGCUCAAUGAUGCUUAAAAACUGAAGUGGACUGAGAAGCAGAUGUGAACCAUAAACAUCCCUGUUUCGAAUCAACAGAGCACUUCACACCAUGCAGGGUUAGAUCUUUGCACAGCUCAGAACAGCAGAAAACAAGUUCAGGGCAUUCAGGAGGAUCUUUAAUGAAGCUGAUUCAUUAUUUAAAUACCGUACUUAUAAAAACACUCUUUGUAAGCAAUUAAUUAAUCAAAUCUUUUAGGAUGACUCAUAAAUAACAGAAUAUCUCUGUGUUUUCUAAAAAGCUGUAGGAUAGAUGGACUGUCUGUCUGUUAGGGUAACUUUAAUUUCAUGUGCUUUUUCAAUUUGUUUAUAUAUAUAUAUAUAUAUAUAUAUAUAUAUAUAUAUAUAUAAUUUUGAUGUGUUUUCUACUCCAUAGAAAGUAAGGAUGCUCAAUAAUUCCUGCAUUAUAUUGGCAGAUGUAAGCUAAAAUUAAUCAGCGUAUGAGAAAUUCUGCAGAUGUAUGUGGGUAAUGAGGUGAGGCAUUAAUUAUGGGCAUACAGUACCAGUUUACGAGCACCAACAGUGGGCAUCAAUGUGUCAGCUGUGUGGAAGUUUUGUAAACAGGUAGAAGAGAAGCUACUUGCAAUGUUUGUGGAGGAUACGUGCAGAGAAGGAUAAGGUACCAUAAGGAAAAAAUACAUAUUAGUGUUUAUGGUAAAUAAUACUGAGAUAAAAGUUAAAAACUAUGAUUUAUUUCUCUGAUCAAAAUUUGGAUUUUUCUCCCAAAAUUCAGAAAAAAAAACAGUCUAAAAUCUUGGCCAGGAAAUUUUAAGGUUGAAUAAAAACUAAUUAAUCUGGAGAAAAAAAGUCAGAAUACGGGGAAUAAACUUUAAUUUUGGAUUUAAAACGUCAGAAUUCUGAGGAAAAGUCAGAAACUUUUUGAAUAUGAGUCAAACUUUGAAAGUUUGAGAAUCACGUCAGCAUUUUGAGAAUAAAUUCGGAAAAGUCCGUAGUCUGGCUUGAAUCUCAGAAUUUGUAGAAAUAAGUCAGAGUUCAGUCCUUGCUACACAAACGAUUUAAUUUACAUUUAGAGAACUUCCCCAGUUAUUUCCUUAACUGGUAUCUGAUAUCAGUCAAAAGUAGUUUGAAAUAUUUGCAUAUUAAAUAUCAGCACAAGUCCAAUAUUGUGCUUCCUUGUAGGGAAGGCUUCCCACACUCAUUAUUCAACAGACAUGACUCACUAUUGAGUCCAAUUGAAUUUUGCAAAAUCAGUUCAUUCAGGAGAGACUUCAGUAUGAGUAAGGAGGUAUUUAUUGACAAGUUUAAAAAAGGGAGGAUGCAUGAUAAGAUGAGGAGGAGACACUGGUGAGAUGGACUGGAGGUGUUUUAGGUGGAGUAAGGUCAGAGUGACGCACACUGAAAUGAUAAACAGGAUCUGGAGUUUAACAGCAGCUGGAUGUUUGGUUGAUGGAGGGUAAACUCUUCUUAUGUGUGGAUUCUCAAAAGCUGGAGGCUGCAGAGAUGGAGGGAUUUCCAUUAAUCAUUUGUACUGGUUGUAUAAUCCAUGACUGUUUAUGUAUCAGUAUUGGCAUUGUUACAUCUAAUCAAAAUAUAACCAGUGUCCUGAUAACAUGGAUAAACUGUCGCUCAUCAGAGUAUUUGCAUUUGUAUUUCUCCCUUUGGCUGCUUUAUCAUUAACACGGUUUCAUCGUCUCUUUAAUACAGAGCAUGCUGCAGAACGGGGAGGCCAUGAAAUGUCCUCGAUGCGACGUCAUCGUGCAGAAAAAAGACGGCUGUGACUGGAUCUGCUGUUUGAUGUGCAAGACGGAGAUCUGCUGGGUCACAAAACAAGCUCGCUGGGGACCGAAUGUAAAAACAACGUCUUUUUUUUUUAAGCAUUUAAAUCUAAUCAGAUAUUUGAAGUGUUAAAUCUUCUUUGUUUUCUUUUGUUGUGUGUUACAGGGAAACGGGGAUACCUCUGGAGGCUGCGGAUGCCGAGUCAAUAAUCAGCCCUGUCAUCCCAACUGUCAAAACUGCCACUGAAAGAAGUACACUAAUGCACACACACACACACACACACACACAGAGCUGAAAGAGCAUGCACUGUCUGCACAUGCGCAGGACUCGAAUACCUUCGCCCGUUUUUAACCUUGUUUUCAACAUGCCUACAAGCCUUUUUUUGUUGUUUUUUGCAAGUUAUUUCCUUUAAAUCCUACUGCUGACCGGAUCAAAGUGUCACAGUGAGAAAACACGCCUGAGAGGAUCUCUUCAGAUAUAUUGAAACAGUUGGGACUUCACCUCUGGCUUCUGCUUCUGCUUUUAAAGCCUUUAACAGACAGAAGAAGAAGAAGAAGAAGAAGCCAGCAAUGAUGGUGUGGGUACUGAGUUUGGCAUGAACUUGAAAAACUUGUUGAAAACUCACAAAACACAUAAAACAAUGUUUUUAGUAUUCUGCUCUGUGAGAAAAAAAUAAUACUUAACAACACCUAGAGCUUUAAGUUCUGUAUUCUUGAUCUGCCUGUUGAAAAAAAUGAUAUUUUGAAAAUAUCUAUUUUGUUUGAAAUGCAACUCCUGCUAUGAUCAUGUUAUCAGAGUUAUAAUAGAGGUAUAUUAUUUUCUAACAGUCGACCUAUCAGACUGUGGUGAAGGAUGUUUACAUGAAUGUGUUUAAUAAGCUGCUUUGAUGCACUAAUGAAAGUAUUCGGCUGAUCAGUAGCAGAGGACAAAUAUUGAUGCUGUAUUUUUCAUGUAUAAGGGACUUUAUCUGUAGUUAUAUCUGUGUGUUCAGGAUUACAUGUGUAGCAUUUAUGUAUUAACAUCUUAAAAAGGGAUGUCAAUGAAGUACAAAUAUAUUUUCUGUAUAUCUACCAUCUAAAA